CAUUCCGCGGUGGUACUCUACCCGAGCGCGAGUCGGGUACGUCGCCCUCCCGGGGCAGUGUGUGGCCGCGCCUCCCUCCCUCGCCUCGUGAGCCUCUCUGACCGCUCCUCUGCCAGAGUCCCGCGUCUCUUCCUAGCGUGGCCGCUGCUCCCAGCCCACCCUGGAUAAUGGCGACAGCUGAGGUACUGAACGUUGGUAAAAAACUCUAUGAGGGUAAAACAAAAGAAGUCUAUGAAUUGUUAGAUAGUCCAGGAAAAGUCCUCCUGCAGUCCAAGGACCAGAUUACAGCAGGAAAUGCAGCCAGGAAGAAUCACCUGGAAGGAAAAGCUGCAAUCUCAAAUAAAAUUACUAGUUGUAUUUUUCAGUUGUUACAGGAAGCAGGCAUCAAAACUGCUUUCACCAGAAAAUGUGGGGAGACAGCUUUCAUUGCACCUAAGUGUGAAAUGAUUCCAAUUGAAUGGGUUUGUAGAAGAAUAGCAACUGGUUCUUUUCUCAAAAGAAAUCCUGGUGUCAAGGAAGGAUACAAGUUUUACCCUCCUAAAGUGGAGAUGUUUUUUAAGGAUGAUGCCAAUAAUGAUCCACAAUGGUCUGAGGAACAGCUCAUUGCUGCAAAAUUUUGCUUUGCUGGACUUGUUAUAGGCCAGACUGAAGUGGAUAUCAUGAGUCAUGCUACGCAGGCUAUUUUUGAAAUCUUGGAGAAAUCCUGGUUGCCCCAGGAGUGUACACUGGUUGAUAUGAAGAUUGAAUUUGGUGUUGAUGUCACCACCAAAGAAAUUGUUCUUGCUGAUGUUAUUGAUAAUGAUUCCUGGAGACUCUGGCCAUCAGGAGAUCGAAGCCAACAGAAAGACAAACAGUCAUAUCGUGACCUCAAGGAAGUAACUCCUGAAGGGCUCCAGAUGGUAAAGAAAAAUUUUGAGUGGGUUGCUGAAAGAGUAGAGUUGCUUCUGAAACCAGAAGGUCAGUGCAGGGUUGUAGUAUUGAUGGGCUCAACUUCUGAUCUUGGUCACUGUGAAAAAAUCAAGAAGGCUUGUGGAAAUUUUGGCAUUCCAUGUGAACUUCGGGUAACCUCUGCCCAUAAAGGACCAGAUGAAACUCUGAGGAUUAAAGCUGAGUAUGAAGGGGAUGGCAUUCCUACAGUAUUUGUGGCAGUGGCAGGCAGAAGCAAUGGUUUAGGACCAGUGAUGUCUGGUAACACUGCAUAUCCAGUUAUCAGCUGUCCUCCCCUCACUGCAGACUGGGGAGCUCAGGAUGUGUGGUCUUCUCUUCGACUACCCAGUGGUCUUGGCUGUUCAACCAUACUUUCUCCAGAAGGAUCAGCUCAGUUUGCUGCUCAGAUAUUUGGAUUAAAUAACCAUUUGGUGUGGGCCAAACUGCGAGCAAGUAUAUUGAAUACGUGGAUUUUCUUGAAGCAAGCUGACAAGAAAAUCCGGGAGGGCAAUUUGUAAGAAAGAGCGUCAUUGCAUUUUUUUUAGGAGAAAAACUAUAAAUUUCUAGCUUAGCUGCAGGAAGAAAAAAAAAUCAGGCAAGGUGAAAAGAUUUUAACUCAAUCAGAGAAAACAAAUAAAAUUUAUUAGUGAAUAAAUGCUUCUCUAGAUUUGUUAAUUAGUAGAAUAUAUGUACAUAUUUAAGGACAUUUUAAAAUUAUCCUCUUACCCACUAUAUGGUCAUUGUUGGGUAGGUAACAAUCAAAUACAUUUCUUAACUGCUAAUAAUGUCCUAUUAUUGAGCUCUGAAAUUACUACUUGACUUAUAUCUCAACCUGUAAGUUCUAAAAAGAAUGGUUUUAUCUUAGAAAGGGUGAUAAAGAGCAAUAUAGUUCUUUUCCUCAAUUUGAUCUUUACAAAAUUCUGAGGCAUGAUUUUUUACUUACAGUCAGUAUCUCAGAAAAUGGUGUGUAUCUCGCACUAUUUUGUUUUCAUUUUGAUUUUUUUAAAGAAAAGUUGAGAUCGGUGGAGGGGGAGGCGGGUAGGGAAGACAAAAUAAGAUGAAGGGGCAUUGUGGAAGCCAUGAAAAGGGGAGUUUUCUGAGAACUUCUGACCGGGGUCAGGGCAAUUUGCCAUGGAAAAAAAGUUGAGCCACCUUUGCCUUCCAAAUGAAAUUUAGUGGCUCUUACUUGGCUAUGAUGGGUGUCUCUGUGGACCAUAAAAUUCUUUUCAUUCCAAUAAUACAUUUGUCAGCCACACUAAUAAUCCCCAGUGUACCAUCAUUUUCAGAAAUUGGAAUCUCUCGGGUGAUAACCAUAACUAGUUUAUUUCUUAUAAUAGUAUAAAUCUGAGCUCAGCAAGUAGUUACUAAGAGGUAUUAUAUUUCAUCAUUAAUCUAUAAAUCAUAUAGAUUGGAAGUCACUGUUACAUUAUGCAGCCCUGAGGAUUUUACAGAUCACUAAACUUGCAUCCAAGUGUCCAUGAAACCCCUUAAACUUUAUGAUAUGCUAACAUUUAAAAACUGUUAAGAAUCUACUACAUAUGAAAUCUUGGUAUGACUCUUACCAAGGGCCUACACUGUCUACACUUUUUCACCUCUCUCAAACGUUAACAAGCUGGCAUUUCUUAUCAUUACUUUCACCUAAUUUCUGGUGGGGUGUGCUUGACCUACCAACUCCUUUCUUGAGCUGGAUACCAAGAUAUUCCAACCUCUCUUGAUCAUUUCUCUUUAUUACUCUUCCCCCUUAAAUAUUGAUGUUUCUACUAUUGAGUUUCUCCAUUGUUUAUAAUUAAUGGUUGGAUCUUCUUAACUCCUUCAGAUAAAACUAGCAUUACUGACUCCCAGCUGUAUCUGCAAAUUUGUAUUUUCAGUUGUCCAUUUCUCUCUGUCUGAAUGCUCCAAACUUAAUUCAUCUUCCACCAAGCCUGUAACUAGCUGCACUCACUGUCCCAAAUCAGAAGCUGGAUUUCAUCCUCAAUGUUUUUCUUGACCUUUCAUAUGUAACUUAUCACCAUAUAUUGAAUUUACCCUAUUUACCCAUUCUCUGUACAAAAGCCUCAAGUAUGGGUCAAAUUCUACACAUGGUGUGAUCUAGAAGUUCUUUAUUCUCAACCCAACCUUUUGAAGUUGAUUGUCCAAGGACUUACAACAUACCUUAAAAAAUCUCUUUUGCAAUGUUGACUCCUUUGAAAAUGUGAAUACUGUUUACCCUCUCUCUAGAAAAGGGUACACACACAAGUUACCAACAGAUCCCAUUCGUUUUUCAGUUCCCUUGAAGCCUAUACAUGGUCUGUAGAUUAAGAAGGGUACUUGCUUUCCUUACAACUUUUGUACUUUCACUUUUUUGUACCUUUAGUUCUUAGAAUGUCCUCAUUUUUGUCAUUAAAAUAUAUUUGUUAGCUUCGUUUUCACUGUCUCCACAAAAUAUUCCUUAAUGACCUCUAGCUACAGUGGCUACAAGUAAGUCUUUCUCUGUUGAAUUGUAAGCUCCAAGAGAGAAAGUAUAAUUUUACACUUACUUCCUUCAGACUGCCUUAUUAUCUGAUAUGCUAUGCCUGGCUGAGAUGGGGGAAUUAUAAAAAUUAUGUACUGUUAAUUUUCUAUGUUUGUAAGAACAAUUAAAAAGAUUUGAGUUUAACAUCUUUAAACUUUGGUUUCAUGGUGUCUCAAUAGUCAUGGCUGCUAUUUCAACUCUUCUAUCCCUAUGAAGCAAAAACUACACAUUUCUGUGCAGUACAAGAAAAAUUUCAAACAUUUAUUUAGACUGGUGGAUAGGACUGACCAUUACAAUGAUCAUUAUCAAUUUCUGUUAAUUUCUUGAGAAAAAAAAUUGUGCCCAAUAAUGCAGUACUUAAACUUUGUAUCAUAAAGCCACGUUUAGAAUUGCUCUUGCUUUAAUGCCUUCUUAAAUUUAAAUACUGUAGCUAAAUAAAGACAAAGAUAAGCUCUUG